GGUUUUCAGAGGAAUCUUCAGUUGUUUCCUGACUUCGAAAUUAAGUGCAUCUCUCAAGUGUACUAACGAACUUCCAAAGUCAACCCAGUCAAAAAAAAACCCUCAAUCUCCUUUAAAAAUGAAUAAGCUCGUGCUCUUCGCUUUCCUCUUCACUGCUGUCAUUGCCUCCAGCAAUGCACAAUUCUUCGGUGGAUUCUUCCCUGGAGAGGCUGGUGGAUUUGCUGGUGGUGCAUGGCCACAGUUUGUUGUUGACAAGGUUGUGCAGCAGGUGCGCGAUACGCCCGUGACGGAGGAACAGAAGCCCCAACUUGAUCAAAUUGUCCAGGAUCUGGAGAAUGGUCUUGCCCAGUGCGACGAGCUUCUCACCGUCACCCCAGUCUAUUGGCUCUACAAGCGCUGCGUUGGAUUCCAACUGAAGAAGGCCACCAAUGCCGCUGCUGCUCUUCAGGCUGCCGCUGCCACCACAACUGCCCCACCCAGCUUUUAAACCCAAAAUUCCCCCCAGACUUUGGUAUUUUUUUGUUGAAAAUUUAUAACGACCCAAUAUGUGUGUAAUAUCUUGUUAAAUAAAUUGCAAUUCCAAAAAGGA